GGCGGGACUACAACUCCCAUCGUGCCCCGCGGCGGCCGGGAGCGGAUAUCCGGUUCGAGCCGGAGCCGGGGGGGCACGGGACCAGCAGCCAUGAUCCGCUUCAUCCUGAUCCAGAACCGGGCGGGGAAGACGCGCCUGGCCAAGUGGUACAUGCAGUUCGACGACGACGAGAAGCAGAAGCUCAUCGAGGAGGUGCACGCCGUGGUCACCGUCCGCGACGCCAAGCACACCAACUUCGUGGAGUUCCGGAACUUCAAGAUCAUUUACCGCCGCUACGCCGGCCUCUACUUCUGCAUCUGCGUUGACGUCACCGACAACAACUUGGCCUACCUGGAGGCCAUCCACAACUUCGUGGAGGUGCUCAAUGAGUACUUCCACAACGUCUGCGAGCUCGACCUCGUCUUCAACUUCUAUAAGGUGUACACGGUGGUGGAUGAGAUGUUCCUGGCCGGGGAGAUCCGGGAGACGAGCCAGACCAAGGUCCUCAAGCAGCUCCUGAUGCUCCAGUCCCUGGAGUGAACCGGGACCAAACU